GUGGGCGGACCAAUGGACUGACGGGGGCGGGCUCUUCGCGGGCGGCGUUGUGAAGGCUGCGAGGGCGGCGGCACUGGUUAAGGCGUGUGGCGACCCGCGAUGAAGCCGCCCAUUUCAAUACAAGCAAGUGAGUUUGAUUCUUCGGACGAAGAACCUGUUGAUGAAGAACAGACUCCAAUCCAAAUUUCAUGGCUACCUCUGUCACGAGUGAAUUGUUCCCAGUUUCUCGGUUUAUGUGCUCUUCCAGGUUGUAAAUUUAAAGAUGUUAGAAGAAAUAUUCAGAAAGAUACAGAAGAACUAAAGAGCUACGGGAUCCAAGACGUGUUUGUUUUCUGCACCAGAGGGGAGCUGUCAAAAUAUAGAGUCCCAAACCUUCUGGACCUCUACCAACAAUAUGGAAUUGUCACCCAUCAUCAUCCGAUCCCAGAUGGAGGGACUCCCGACAUUGGCAGCUGCUGGGAAAUCAUGGAGGAGCUGGCCACCUGCCUCAAAAACAACCGGAAAACCCUGAUACACUGUUACGGAGGACUUGGAAGAUCCUGUCUUGUAGCUGCUUGUCUCCUCCUAUACUUGUCUGACUCAAUCUCACCACAGCAAGCCAUAGACAGCCUUCGAGAUGUCAGAGGAUCUGGGGCGAUACAGACCAUCAAGCAAUAUAACUAUCUUCAUGAAUUCCGGGAUAAAUUAGCUGUGUAUCUAUCAUCAAGAGAUUCACUAUCAAGAUCUGUGUCCAGAUAAUGAAGAUCCCAAAUAAACAAGCACAUCUAAGGUC